UGGAGUCGUGUUUGAGAAGACUCUGUAAUUCGUUUUCCUGAGAAGAUGCAAAGAACCAUCUCUCACCCUGAAAACACGGUAUAUAAACACACAUCCAAACAGGGAUGAGAGUACUUAGAAUCAUUUGCUUAAUUUUCUGAUUCCAAUCUUCCUGCUAGAAUAUAGAGAGACAACAAAGAGAAGAGAAAGAAGCAGCAGAAUGGUACCUGUUCUGUUUUUACUUCAUGUGAUCACUGUGUUCUUGUGGUCUAUGAGUACUAUUGCGGCGCAGCCGGUAGCAUCAGAAGCCUUACCGAUAGCAAAGCCUAAUUGUACACAAGAUUGCGGAGAUGUUAAAAUCCCAUAUCCUUUUGGAAUUGAAGCAGGUUGUUACAUAGACGACUGGUUCAAAAUUUUCUGUUACAAACCCACCGGCAAGUUCGCCGGCCAACCCACAGCUUACUUGAACCCCGCCAAUCUGAACCUUGUGGUCUUCAAUAUAUCUCUUGAAGCAGGAACAAUACAGGUAACAACUAACUUCACCUUCUCUAGUCUUGGCUGCGUUGAUCAGCGAACUGCCGUCCUACCAGCCAACUUGAGCGGAAGCCCGUUCCUCUACUCCGAGAAAAACAAAUUCACUGUAAUUGGAUGCGGUGGAAUCACCUGGAUGAUGCUCUCCAACGGUUCAAAAGGUGGUGGCUGCCUGGCCACUUGUGACGGCAGUGAUCCUGCACAACGUGAAUUUCUUGAUGGCUGCACAGGUAUCAACUCAUGCUGCCAGACCAACAUUCCUCCGAAUCUUACUGCUUUCAACUACAGCUAUCAAGCAAUAGAUACAACUUACCCUGGAAAUGACUCUUGCAAGAAGGCAUUUUUGGUAAACCCGGAUUGGGUUGGGUACUCAAGCGGAGGAAUGGUAUCCAUAAAGCAACUUGCCAUCCCUAUGUUGCUCGACUGGAGAUUAAGUAAUUACUCAACUCUUCAAAUACGUGGAACAGCUGAUUGGGCCAAUAACUCGGGCACGACAUGCACAAAUGCUAGUUUGUGUUCCUGCUCAUCCGGGUUUCAGGGAAACCCCUACCUUCCCAACGGAUGUCAAGAUAUCAAUGAAUGUGAAGAUUCAGACCCAUGUCCUGGUGCCAGCAUUUGUAUCAACGUUCGUGGUUCGUUUAGGUGCCAAUCUCCGGAUCAAACGGUUAAACUGGCAAUUAUUGUUGUCGGCAGUGUUCUUGGAGCAUUGCUUAUACUCAUUUGUGCAUGGGGGUUACACAAAGUCAUAAAGAAAAGAAUAAACACUAAACGCAAGGAGAAGUUUUUUAAGCAGAAUGGUGGUUUGCUGCUGGAGAAACAAUCUUCUGGUGACGUUAAUGUUGAGAAAAUUAAAUUGUUCAAUUCCGAGGAGUUGGAGAAAGCCACAGAUAAUUAUAAUGCAAACAGAAUUCUAGGUCAAGGAGGCCAUGGAACUGUUUACAAAGGCAUGCUCGCAGAUGGAAGUACUGUGGCGAUAAAGAAGUCUAAAAUAGUUGAUGAAGGAGAAGUUGAACAAUUCAUUAAUGAAAUUGUUAUUCUUUCACAAAUAAUUCAUAGGAAUGUGGUUAAAUUAAUGGGUUGUUGUUUAGAGACCGAAGUUCCCCUUCUAGUUUAUGAAUUCAUACCAAAUGGAACUCUUUCUCAGUAUAUUCAUCACCAGAAUGAGGAGUUUCCUCUUACAUGGAGAGUGCGGUUGCGAGUUUCUAUUGAAGUGGCAGGAGCUCUUUCCUACUUACACUCAGCAACUUCCUUUCCCAUUUACCAUCGAGAUAUCAAGACCUCCAACAUACUCUUGGAUGAUAAAUUUAGAGCUAAAGUUGCAGACUUUGGAACUUCCAGAACAGUUACCAUCGACAAAACACAUCUUACCAUGUCACAAGUUCAAGGAACAUUUGGUUAUUUAGACCCAGAGUACUUCCAGUCUAGCCAAUUUACGGAUAAGAGUGAUGUUUAUAGCUUUGGAGUGGUCCUUGUUGAACUUCUAACUGGGCAAAAGCCAGUUUCUCAGACGAGGCCAGAAGAGUGGAGAAGCCUGACAAAUUAUUUCCUUCUUUCAAUGGAGGAGAAUCGUCUGCUUGACAUUCUUGAUGCUCGAGUUAUGAAUGAAGGUGGCAAGGAAGAAAUUAUGGCAGUUGCACAGCUUGCAAGGCGUUGCUUGAAUAUGAAGGGAAAGAAGCGUCCUACUAUGAAAGAAGUUGCAGUUCAAUUGGAGGGAAUAUUUCAAUUAUCAGCAAAAGAUUCUGACGUUCAUACAAAUUCAGGAGAGGUUGAAUAUGUCCUAAAUGGAUGGCAUGUUGGUUCUACUUCAGCACGAUAUAACACAAUCCAUAUUGGUAGUGGUUCUCCAUCGGAUGUAGAACCACUUAUAUAUGUUUCUUGAGACGAUAUAAGUUACGAUUUGUUGUAAUAUCCAAUAUGUUUUUGGAAAGUAUUUUAUACCAUCA